AUGUCAGCAAAAAUCGGUAAACCAGCACCAGAUUUCAAGACUACUGCUGUCAUUGACGGAAACUUCAAAGAUGUUGCAUUGAAAGAUUAUAAGGGCAAAUAUGUUGUACUCUUCUUCUAUCCAUUGGAUUUUACAUUCGUUUGUCCAACAGAAAUCAUCUCGUUUAGCGAUCGUAUCGAAGAAUUUCGUCAAAUUAAUUGCGAAGUUUUAGCUUGUUCAACUGAUUCUCAUUUUAGUCAUUUAGCAUGGGUUAAUACAAGUCGAAAACAAGGUGGCUUGGGAAAGAUGAAUAUUCCAUUACUUGCCGACAAGAACUUAGAAAUUUCGAUGAAAUAUGGUGUUCUCAAGGACGAUGAAGGUAUUGCAUUUCGUGGUUUAUUUAUCAUCGAUACUCACGGAACUCUUCGACAAAUAACAAUUAAUGAUUUACCGGUUGGUCGUUCAGUUGAUGAAACACUUCGAUUAGUUCAAGCUUUCCAAUUUACAGAUAAACAUGGUGAAGUAUGUCCAGCGAACUGGAAACCCGGAAAGAAAACGAUCAAUCCUGAUGUUUCAAAAUCGAAAGAAUAUUUCGAACAUGCUAAUUAA